AUGGCUCAACAACAGUCUUUUGACUAUUAUCAAAGCCCCCCGGAGCUCUCCCCGCUCUCCUUCUACGACACCCAAGCCGACUUCAGCGCAGACUCGGCCCCGUCCCGCGGCUCUCCCGUCUCCCCCGUCUUCCCGACCUCCUCCUUCCAGCUCCCCACGGGCGGCGACUGGCCCGCCUACUUUGAGAAGCCCGCCCUCUCCCCGGACCUCGACGUCUUUUACGGCGAAUCCUUCGGCAGCCCAAUGUCCUUCCUCUCGCCCCAAAAUCUCACCCUCAGCCCCAGCGCCAACCCGUCCGAUCUCAUGUCCGACGCCGUCGCCUUUGGCCGCGAGGGCAUCAACGACACACAGCCCCUCUUCCAGACCCUCGACGCGCCCGCCCGGCCACAGCCUCAACCCCAGCAGCCCGCAAAGUCGCCCCGCCAAGCCCGGACGACAUCCGCACCCUCCUCCCGUCCGGAGCAAUCCCGCCCUCAACAACACCACCAGCAGCAACGCCAACAGCAACAGACACAAACAACACAAAGAACAUCCUCGCGCAACAACGACCUCAAGCGCAAAUCCUCCGCCUCCUCCGCCUCCUCCCGCUCCGCCUCUCCCGAGCCCCCCGCCCGCCGCACAAAGCACUCGGAACCCUCAAAGAAUCCGCACAACAUGAUUGAGAAGCGCUACCGCGUCAACAUCAACGAGAAAAUCAUUGCCCUCCGCGACGCCGUCCCCUCGCUGCGGUGCGUCGUCCAGCACACCGAAAACCCGCAAGCCGCCGCCGCCGCCGCCGAGAGCGACGAGGCGAUUGACGUUGUCGAGGAGCUCGGCGGGCUGAUGCCCGCGCGCAAGCUUAACAAGGCGACGAUUCUGAGCAAGGCGACCGAGUAUAUCUCGCACUUGGAGAAGAAGAAUUCGCAGCUCUGGAAGGAGAAUGAGGCGUUGGAGAAGAGGCUUGCGGAGGCGCAGCAGUGGCAGCGGGCUCAGGCCGAGGGACCUUUUUGGUCUUGA